AUGUCGUCCGCUGCUCCCGUGCGUAAGGUUCACUUCGGGAGCACGCAGGAGAGGAGGUUUGUGCCGUUUAGUUACCCACCGGACCGGAUGGGAAACGAGUACGCGCGAGACACCCAGCCCAACGUGGGACCGGGGAGCUACGAGAGCCACCAGUUCGGUACCAUCGUGUACAACUUAGAAAAAACUCCCAUGAGUCGAAAAGGAUAUGGACUCUCAGCCAGGACUGCAAAGCGCUUUCCAACUGUCAGCAAGGGCAUGACUCCCUCCCCUCAGCAGUACCAGCCCGAUCAGUCCUCGUCCAGGAUCAUCCCUCCUGGAAAAACUCCAUUUAACUCCACAGCCCAGAGGUUUAAAAUGGGACCUGACACGGUGAACCAGAGCCCCGGCCCUGGUAGUUACAGUGUGUGUGAGACAGAGACACACAGGAGGGUGAGCUGGCCCAUGUGCUUCGGGAAUCCAGACUGGAGCAGACUGCCUCAGCUCGACAAACGGUCCCUCAGGGUCAAGAUGCCGACAGACAAAGAGUUCCUGAAGCAGAGGAGCAGACUGGCCUAUCUGAGUCUGUACUAUUGA